CAAGAAAAGUGCUUAAAUAUAACCAUAAGAGGAAAGUUUCAAUCAUAUAAUAGCAAGUGAAGAAAGAAGUCAAUUUGAAGAAGAAAAAAUGGCAUCACACGACCAAAGCUACAAAGCUGGUGAGACCAUGGGACGAACUGAGGAAAAGACCAACCAGAUGAUGGGCAACAUUGGAGACAAAGCCCAAACUGCAAAGGAAAAGUCCCAACAGACAGCCCAAGCUGCAAAGGACAAAACCCAACAAACAGCCCAAGCAGCUAAAGACAAGACUCAGCAGACAGCCCAAGCAACAAAGGAAAAAGCCCAUGAUACAUCUGCUCAAGCUAGAGAGAAGGGCUCAGAGAUGGGCCAGGCCACCAAAGAAAAAGCCCAAACAGGAAAUGACAACUCACCUGGGCUUCUGCAGACAACAGGAGAGAAAGUGAAGGGUGCGGCACAAGGUGCUGCUGAGGCAGUUAAGAAUACUCUUGGGAUGGGAAGUGAUGAUCAAAACAAGGACAAUAUCCCAACAAACCCUCGUUGAGAUUGUUACUAGUUUAUAAUUUCAAUUCAAUAAUGUUGUAAUUUGCUUGUUUUGAAUUUGGGUUUACCAAACGCGCUUUUUUUUUUUAAGAAUAAUUUGCGCUUCCCUCUUACUAUCUAGGCUAGAAGUGAGUGGGAAUUGUAUGUACUUUCGAAUUUUUAGUUUGAGCUUCUUGUUUUCUUGUUGUAAUAAUAAUGAUUUAGCCAUCGCAUUGAAAAGUUUACUUUGUUAAAAAAAAAAUGUGCAAUAAAGUUUAAACAAGUUAGUAUAAA